UACGAGGGGAUCCCAGUCAUGUCUGGCCGUGGGAAGCAAGGCGGGAAAGUGCGGGCCAAGGCCAAGUCUCGCUCUUCUCGGGCUGGGCUGCAGUUCCCAGUCGGGCGUGUGCACCGGCUGCUGCGCAAGGGGAACUACGCGGAGCGAGUGGGAGCCGGCGCUCCGGUGUACCUGGCCGCGGUGAUGGAGUAUCUGACCGCUGAGAUCCUGGAGCUGGCUGGCAACGCCGCCCGGGACAACAAGAAAACCCGCAUCAUCCCCCGGCACUUGCAACUGGCCGUGCGCAACGACGAGGAGCUGAACAAGCUGCUCGGGGGAGUCACCAUCGCGCAGGGGGGCGUCCUGCCCAACAUCCAGGCGGUGCUGCUGCCCAAGAAAACCGAGAGCCACAAAGCCAAGGGCAAGUGAGCGCCGCUGCCAACCCCCAAAACCAAAGGCUCUUUUAAGAGCCACCCACAAUUUCAGAAAGGGCUUGGAAUUGCCACGUCAAGGGUGGGUGGGGAAAAUAAAAUAUUGCCGGUUGUUCUCUUACCGCCACAUCACAAACUUUUUCUGAGCCCUUGUCCUGGUCUUGCAUUAAUCAGAUUCCAGCUUUACACACAAGGGGCUAGGGAAAAAGUUGCCUGGUUUUUAUCUCGUUUCUCUCUCUUCCCCAGCACAAACUUUUUGUGACACCCUGUCCUGGUCUUGCACUAAUCUGAUCUCAGAGCCCCACACGUGGGUGAGUGGUUGCAACUGCUGU